GCGGAAUCGGAUGAGCGCUUGGAUCGCGGGGAAGGAAACAGAAAGUUGAAGCUCACAGAAGCACAAGACCCAGCAGAACACGGCUAAUGCAUAGAAUCCCAUCAAAUUUCGACAUUCCCCGAGAAUAGCUGCCUAUCUUUCAGCAGCUUGCGGAAGAGAUAGCUCACACCCUCUACUACUCAUUCUCUCCCUCCCCGCCAUGUCAACACAACAACCAUCCAGUCGGAGCCAUGCGCCCGCGGACCCCAACCGGUCCUGGAUCCAACAAACCGACGCGGCACCUCCUUCCACCUCCCAGCCUCCUCGCCCUCCCGUUCCACCACCAAACCCGCAACUCCAGCCCUCCCCGACCGACGGUCAACAGUCCCCCACCCGCCAGCCGACAAUAGUCGACGCCAUGCAGACGAUAAAGCCGUCCGACUUCCUCACAUUCCACCAGGCGCCCUGCGCCCGCACGGGCCUACUGACCGGCAUUGGCGCCGGCGCCGCGGUCGGGGCGCUGCGCUGGAUCUUGGGCCUGCCGGUGCCCCGGGCGGCGAACUGGGCGGUGGGGACGGGCGUUCUGGGGGCCAUUGGGCAAUAUGAAUACUGCCAGUUCCGGCGACACCAGGAGCGCGAGAAGGUGAAGCGGGUGGUGGAGGUGUACGCGGCCAAGCAGGCGCGGGAGAAGAAGGAGAAGGAGGAGCAGGAGAGGAGGGAGCGAGAGAAGGCGCUGGCCAAAGAGAGAGAGGAGGCGGAGAAGAGGAGGAGGUGGUGGCGGUUUUGGUGAAAGGGAGGCGCCGCUUGGGAUACUAUUGCAGGUGGUGGGAAAGAAAGAAAGGAGGUCAUGCUAUGGCUGUACAAUACGAAUGGCGCAAGAUAUCUCU